GGAAGUCUCGAGUGGGAGCGUAACCGCAAGAACAGCCACAAGGAAGUCGAACGCAGACGGCGAGAAGUCAUCAACCAAGGUAUCGAACGCCUCGCACUGCUUAUUCCUGGAGUGGAGAAAAAUAAGGGUAGGAUUAUUGCCCAGGCUGUUGAUUAUAUUCAUAGGCUGAAGACUACGGAGGAGAAGAAUAUUAGAAAGUGGACGAUUGAGAAGCUGCUCGCUGAUCAGGCGAUUUCUGAACUGACUACGCAGGUGGAGGCUCUGAAGGAGGAGAAUAAGAGGCUGAGACGCGAG